AACGUGGUUAUUUGGGGCCGCAUUGGUGAAUUGGUGUAGUUUGUAAUCUUAUUAUCGUAAUCUUAUUAUCAUGAAGUAAAAGCGAGUCAAGUUAGCAGUAGGGACAAAAAGAGGGUGAUUAGUUGUUACGAGGAAGACCAAGAUGUAUUGUGAGAAAUGCCGCACAGUGCAUAGUAAACAAUUGUAGAAACAGUACGCGAAGUCAUCCUGUUUUAGGACAAAAAAAAAAGGAAAAAAAAAAGAAAAGAAUAAUGUCUUGUAUCAUCGAUUUUCAAAGAAUGAACAAUUAAAAUCGUUUUGGUUAAAUAUACUAGAACUGGAGGCGGAAUCAGUUAAAACUGAAAUAAGAAUUUGUUCAGCACAUUUUGCAGAAGAUGCCUUCUAUUUAUUACAUGGUACAAAGUGACUUCGACCAAGUGCACUACUGUCUAAAGGCAGUACUAACAGUAUGCUUGCUGUACCUGGUUCUAGUACAGUUACUAAGAAAAUUAAAAAGUCUAAUGAGAGUGAAUCCAGCAGUAGUAGUAGUAUGCUUUUCCCUCCUGCAAGGAAGUUUAGAAGAAAGAAAUUCCCUGAUGGUUGGCUGAAUAAUCCAAAAUUUGCAACACGGCUCCAAAGAUGCGGUGAACAGCUGAAAAGAGCAAACUGUUGAAACAUAAAAACAGUCUGGAGCACAUAACACGUGUGGAUAUAAGAGAAAAAGCUGCAGCGAGUAUAGGGGAGACCAAUCACGUCAGUAUCGACACCCUUUAACAAUGACAGGUUUAUACGAAGUAACUGCGUCUGAUGACUGGUCAUAUUCGGGUGAUCAUGGCCCGGAACAUUGGCCAGGCCUGUGCACGACUGGAAAGAGACAAUCGCCGAUAAAUAUUGCUACCGAAGAUAUCGUUAAAACUGAUCUUGGUCCACUUAAAUUCAUAAGAUACAAUACUGGAUUCAACGGCAAAAUCACGAACAAUGGACAUUCCGUACAAAUUCGAUUGUACGGUGCACCAAUUCAUCUCGAAGGAGCAAAUCUUCCAUCUACAUAUAUUUUGGAGCAAUUACACUUCCACUGGCCCGCUGAACACACCAUAAAUGGCAUCCGGGACGCAUUAGAAUUACAUUUUGUUCAUUAUGACGAACAAUAUGGCAACGCGAAUAUGGCAUCACAACAUAAAAAUGGCAUUGCCGUAGUUGCUACCUUAUUCGAGUUAAAUAGCGAUGACAAUUUGGAUAUAAUGCCAAUUUUGGAAGCAGUGAAAUUAGUAUCUAACGCAGUCGGAAAAACUACGGCUUUGAUGGGAACCAAGAUUAUUCCUUAUCGCUUGUUACCAAAAAAUCAUACGACGUAUUACCAUUAUGACGGAUCGUUAACUACUCCUGGAUGCCAGGAAAUUGUCAUGUGGUAUAUUCUUGCCGACAAACUUACGUUAUCAGAGCAGCAGUUAAGCAUCUUUAGAAAUGUUGGAACAAACAACGGUACAUUGAUCUUCAAUCACAGACCAACGCAGAGUGUCGGAGAAAGGACAGUUUAUCAUCAUUUGGACGGAUAUUCUGCCGCGACAACCCAUUUGAGCAAUUUACUGAACGUGUGCUUUAGUCUCUUACUAACCAAAUUGUUAUAUUUCAAAUAAUUCCAGUUAACUUCACCUGUGAAUUUAGAAUUAUCUAAUCGCAUAAAAUGUGAUCGAUAUAUCGUUGACAGACAUUCAGCGAUUCGAGAAAUUUUGUCGCAUCUCACUCAUACCGUGCAUAAUAAUGGGAUAAUAUUUUUUAUGGUUAUGAUAUAUAAAAGGAUUAUGAUUGUAAGAGAGAUAAAUGCAGUACAGUAGCUCGUGAAAGCAAACACUUCUAGAGAAACUUUCGAUAAAUACAGAGCGUAAGAGAACAUGUGGGACCCACUUCGGGCGUUGAUUGCACUUCAUCCUUCGCACAUAGCAAUAAUGAGAGGGGGCAAGAUAGGGGAAAGGAGAGUUCGGAUGAAGCGAAGGAGGAGGAAGAUGAAUUAAGAGGUAGAAAAACAAAUAAGGAAACUGGUCCGUAUGAGUACUAUUAUGCGUUUCCAUAAUGAUUCGUGACUGUUCACAAGUAACACAAGAUUUGGUUCUAAAAUGGUCCGUCUGAUUUAAUCGUAAAUGUACGCUAACUUUUAUAUGGAUUUUCGGAAUGGUUUCAUAUUUUACUAUAUUAUAAUCACGACUGUUGUGUCACAUUAUAGUGCUGACAAAAUUUCAAAAUGUUUCGUAUAAUGCACGUAGUAUAUUCGUAAUAAAGUUAUAUCGUAAGCGUUCGACGUGUACACGAGUAAGAUUCAGUGACAUAUAACAAUAAAUCAAAUGUACGCGACAGUGAAGCAAGUCAUUAUAUGUGUAGAGCAUAUGAGAAUGAAUAAUACAACCGCGUUGUAUAUAAUUAGUGAUGUGAUAAACGACAUGUGUACAUAAUGUAUAUCUUUGUAAAUGAUUUUAUGUUUAACAAAAAACCAGCUAGAGUAGCAUUUAGACAUAUUAACAACGUAGGUAACUGGCUAAUCUUUCACCAUUAAUGAUAAUAUUCUGUCACAAUCGUUUUAUGACGUAUACUUCUUUCGGAGAAUAUAAAGAUUAUAAAAUUAAAA